AUGUCUCAAGAGCCAUCGCACUCCAAUGUGGGGUUUGCUCAACGGGAGCACGACAUUCUAUCCUUGUUAUCGAUCUUUGUACACACGCAUCAGACAUUGAGUAUCGGGUUCCGAUUGCUGGGCAUAGUUUUGGAUGAUCAGUCCUUCUACAUGCCGGCUCCCGUGAAGGAAGGUGGCUACUUUGAGGUCUACAUCCUACGUUCCAAGGACAUUUUGGAGGCGGACCUUCUGGGUUCAAAAGAGGACAUUCCAUCGAAUUUGCCUCGGACCGUGGCUGUCAAAUGUCCCAAGGUGCGAGGCAAGCUGAAUGACAGGCGGAAUCAGAAACUUUGGACCUCCAUGGCCAUGGAGCUACAGAUUCUGAAACACGAACAUGUAAAGAACCAUGAUAACAUUAUUAAAUUGCUGGGACUGAGUUGGAGAUCAGUGCGGGGAACGUACAUGCCUGCUUUUGUUCUUGAGGCCGCAAAGUCCGAUUUGUAUAGUAUGAUACAAUCGUUCCAGUUCACCUUGGACAAGAUGACUACGAGAAAAAUCCUAGGGCUGGCAGUCGACAUCUCAUGCGGUCUCUCGGCGUUACACGACUUGGGCAUCAUUCACGGAGAUAUGAAGCCGCAAAAUGUCUUAAUAUUUGAGGAUCAAAAGCUGGGGUUUGUCGCCAAGAUUACUGAUUUCGGUUCUUCAUUGCUCAAAACAGACAUCAAGGAGCCCAUCGUGCUCCCGUAUAAUACCGAUAUUUGGCAAGCUCCUGAAUGCCAAAACGCACUCGAUGGGUCCCAGCUUAUCGAGGCAGACAACUUUUCCCUGGGCCUCGUUCUGUGUUACAUGCUUAGCAGAGGCCUCAUCCUACAUCAACUCGAGGAAAGCGACGAAAAAGCUGCUACAGACGGGCAGUCUGCUGUCAGCUAUGACUUUUAUGCCAAAGUUGCCACUGAGGCCCUGCAUGAGACCUUUCGUCCCGCCCUAGAAAUCGAAGAAGAGAGGUUAUACGGUCCUAUGUCGUCUCGCAAGCCCGAGGGGUGGCCCGAUCCGAACGAAAAGGUUGACAAUUUGGACGAAGACGAAAGCUACGUGUCGAUUCGUAAAAUACAGCGAGCCGUUGCAAGAACUCUACUCCCAUCGCUUUUCGAACCUUCUAUGCGCCCCAGUUCGAAGAGCAUCUACCUAAACAUGAGGGUAUGUUUCAGCUGGCUACUAAGACGAGACACGUUUUAUCCGAUUCUAUCUCUCCACGACCCGUUUACCCCUGAGCGUUUGAAAGCUGCAAACUUCAACGACCAAGAGAGGGAUGUGCUGCAAAAUCCAGGCGCCAUUGCGACAAAGGAGGACAAGGAAAGAGUCUGGAAGUAUGCCACUACCAUGGAAUGGCUCGACAGAUCCAUCAAGACUAUACAACAAGGUGGUGAUCUUCCAAGUAUGGACGACAUCUCACAAUCCGAUGCCGCGCAUCGUAUUGCAACUUCCCUUAAAACUUGGACGCAGAGCGAGGCUCCUCCUCGAAAUAAUAUGCGCGAGGUUCGCAACCCCUUUGCUGUUGUAGAGGCGGAAGCUUCUUUUGGUACUAUGCGCUGCAUCCCAGCCUGUGUCUUGAAUCAAAUCCUAGGUGAAAUGCGGGCUGUCGCGUGCAAUGAAAGGGAGAGCGAGUCCCGUCGGGCAGAAGCAGCUUGGCAGUGUUCCAUUUUCCAGAUCAUGGCAGCACAGCUUGACCAAGUUGACAACCCCGAUAUUAGUCCUACUCUCGAGCUAAUGCUUUUGGCCGCAAAUCUUGGAAACUGGAAGGCACAGAGUAUCUGUGGAUGGCUUCACUCUGUUUUUGACAGGCAAUUUCCCGUAAGUGAAGCAGUCGAAUUGGAGUGGCUCCAUGAUUCAAUUUGCAAGGGAAGCGCAACAGCCCGCCGCCGGCUGGAAUCCCUUGACUCAGGAGCCUAUGCUAUAGCAGUUGACGAUCUCAAACGUUGCUGGGCAGGCAUUGGAGUCAAUUUGCCUGAUGACUGGCAAAUUUAUGACGAUAUAGAUUUCCUUGGACUUUUAGAAGACCAGCCUCGUCUGGUUGGUGACUAUCUUCAGAUUGCUGCAACAUGCGGCCGUCUUUCUCUAUUGCGCACCAUUUUAAACAAGUACUCUAGUAUUAUCGACAUCAAUGCCCGGUAUCCGGGCGAUGAAACGAUUCUACUGAAGGCCUGCCGAUCCGGUCAUUUCGAAGUUGUACUCUGUCUUCUUGACCAAGAUGCAGAUGCAUCAAUCUGCAGCGAGGACGGGGCAGCGCCAUUACACUUUUUGAGUGCUUUUGAAGAAGAACAAAUUCCCCUGGUAGCAAACAGACUGGUGGCGGCCAAAGCUAGCCUCAAAGCCCGAUCAAAAAAUGCCAAACUAUACAAACUAGCCGUCGACGCAACCUUUGGCAUGGUGGAUGGGACGCCGUUGACUUGGGCUGUGGCCGCCAACAACCACGCAGCCACUCAGGCACUCCUCGACCUUGGUUCAGAUCCAUUCGAUAUUGCUGGGAGGACAGCGGAAUAUGGGGACAGCUGGUCAAACAACGCUCACAUAUCUCCCGUCUGGACCGCGGCAGCGAGCUUCCAGUUUGAACUAUUGGAGAUGUUGCUAAAGAGAGCCGGCGAUUGUGCCGAGCAUUUGAAUUACAAUGAGCGCACUUUCGGUACCCAAGGCUUGAAGGACCCAUUCACAAUCCUCGGCUGGGUGGUGAAUGGUUGCGAGGGCCACGGCAUCCGCAGACUACUCCUCCAUGGGAAACAAUUCUCCCAGGCGUUCCAACGAACCUUUGAUCUUCUUUUGCAGUAUGGAGCAGAUCCAUCCAACGUCAGCGUGGAAGGUUUGUCAUUCAUCCGAACAGCUAUCCAACGGGGCCAACCUUAUAUCAUCGACCACCUGAUGACAACACGAGGAGGGAUGUUCAAGCCUGAAGCGUCAGACUGGUCCCAUUGCGUGCUGAUCGCACUUGCUCUUCAAGACAAUUCCACACUCGGCGUCUUGCUCCGUCACUCACAGGCAGACGCUCUUGACCCAGAUCAUUGGAACAAGUUCUUCGCCUCCACCAAGGCCCUGCCAGACGACAGCGAGAUGCUCGACCACUUCCGCAAAUACCGCGAUCCAAACCUCGACAUGUUGCCGCACUGCGGGAACGCACUUUUGUCAGGCAAAUACAAACUCGCCAAAUGGCUCUACCAGACAGGCAAAUGCGAUCUAACAACAAUGGAGAACGACAAGACUCUCCUCGGACGACUCAUCACAGCCUCCAAGGUAUACCGAAACGCCAGUCUUCACAUCGCCGCAUUUCUCAGCUUAAAUCCUCCCGAUGAGGUGUAUUACAAUGUCAUUGAUCUACUAGGCUCGCGCCUUACAGCCCUUCAAGCCGUGGUGUACAUACAAGAGUACAGGCACGGCCAAAUGGCCACGACGGACAUCCUCCAGGCCAUUCUGCGCAAGAAGACGGACACCGAUUAUCUAAACCUUCGCGUGGAGGGCGGACCCUGGCAGGGCAAGACAGCACUAUACCUCGCCGUGGAGUCUUGCAACGUAGAUGCGGUGCAGUACCUCAUUGACGCCAAAGGGCGGCACUUGGACUUGUCGGCGCUCGACGGCAACGGGUUCAGCCUCAUCGACCACGCAGCGCUGCUGAUGAAGAAUCAAAAGAGUAACAUGGAUGUGUGGGAGGUACCGAGUGAGAAGAGGCGCGACGUAGACCUGCGCCACUUUGAAAACACGCUGGUGAUUAUGAGGCUGUUGUACCGCACCAAGAGAGCGAAACCGAACAAGUUGGCGCUGUCGCUGACGAGGGUCGAGGUGGACGAGCUGCAGGUGAUUCUUUAUGGGGACGAGGAGCAGCUCGUCAUCCCGUGCAAGAUUCCAGAUCUGAAGAGGGCCAUUGAGAGUGGGCAGUACAACUGUGACGACUGGCCAGAGAGCUCCAAUCCACUGCGCCGCCAGAGCGUGAUGAUCUUCCAAGUGCUGAGGGACUACGGGUUGAAGCUCGGCGUGAAUGAUUCCGUGUUUGGGUACACAGAAACAGUGAAGCCGGCGGCGGGCCAUGAUUCUGGUGGUGAGCAAAGUCUGGUCAGCGACCCUGGUGAGCAGAGAGGUGGCCAAGAGGCAUAUUCCGAGUUUGUCAACUAUGUUAAGAAGCUGAAGUUGUAG